CCUAUGUUAUAAACCCUUUGGAAAAUGAAAACCCUAAUCGACACCUCAAUACAAAUUGACUGCUAAAACCGGAGAGAUAAAUGGGGAAGAAGGAGAAGAGGGAAGCAGAGCAAAGCGAUGCAGCAAUCGGAAAUGGCGAUUCUGAAUCUCACGAAAAGCAUCCAAAAAAGAAGAGGAAAAACAAAGACAAAGUUAAGGAACUUGAAAAUGACGUCGUUUCACUGUCAGCUGAAAUACCCACCAUCACCGUUGCUAUUCCUGGCUCCAUUAUCGACAAUGCUCAGUCCCUUGAACUCGCUACCCGCUUGGCUGGUCAAGUUGCGCGUGCUUGCACAAUCUUCCGAAUUGAUGAGAUUGUUGUAUUUGAUAACAAGAGUUCAUCGGAGGAGGACGCCACAACCGAAAUAAUGGAUAAUGAUUCGGGCGAGAAUGAGAGUGGUGCUGCUUUCCUUAUGAGAAUUUUGAGUUAUCUUGAGACGCCGCAGUAUCUCAGAAAGAAUCUGUUCCCAAGACACAAUAGUUUAAGAUUUGUGGGUCUUUUACCACCCCUUGAUGCCCCGCAUCAUUUGCGUAAACAUGAAUGGGGUUUGUACAGAGAAGGCAUCACACGGGAAAAGCAAGAUCGAGGUUCUGUGGGGACCGCUGUUGAUGUAGGCCUUACCAAGAAUGUAAUGAUCGACGAAGUAAUUGAACCUGGAACAAGAGUAACAGUAGAGAUGGGAACGAACCGUAGUCUAGAUGCAGGUCCAAGGAAAAUCGUCCCUUCUUCUCGGCCUAGAGAAGAUGGAAUGUACUGGGGGUAUAAAGUGCGAUACGCUCCCAACAUUAGUUCAGUAUUCAAUAAAUGCCCAUACAAGGGAGGAUAUGAUCAUCGAAUAGGUACCUCCGAACAUGGCUUAGUUAUUACUUCUUCAGAGCUUUCUCUACCAUCAUUCAGGCAUCUUUUAAUUGCUUUUGGCGGACUUGCGGGAUUGGAGGAGUGUGUCGAAGAGGAUGAUAAUUUGAAGGGGAAAAAUGUGAGGGACAUGUUUGACUCAUAUCUAAACACGUGUCCUAAUCAAGGAAGUAGAACUAUUCGAACGGAGGAAGCAAUCUUCAUUUCUCUCCAGUAUUUUCAAGAGCCAAUUAGUCGUGUGUCGAAGAGAUAUCAGUAGUUUUUGAACUUGGCUGAGAAUCGGACAUCUUCGAAUAGGUAUGCUCGGUUCUUUUUUCCUCCCAAAAUUCUGAAGCUAGUCGAUCUUGACGAGGCAAAAUUUUACGAAAGAAAAUUGUUGUAUGUGCUUUCUAAAUUUUGAUGGUUUUCGCUAUGUUAUGAAUCCAUUUGGUAAUAACUAUUGUUAGGUAGUUACUAAAUAGAAAAAUAAUGGUUUUGACCAAUAAUACUAUUAAUUGAGAUGUAUGAUUAUUGUUAAUCAGAUUGUUAUUGACAAUUUUAAUAAUAAAUCGAAAGUAUAA